CCGGGCGGCGGUGGCGAGGGUGGGCGUGGUGGCGAGCGCCAGUGUGUGCGCCCUGGUGGCGGGGGUGGUGCUGGCCCAGUACAUUUUCACCUUGAAGAGGAAGACGGGGCGGAAGACCAAGAUCAUCGAGAUGGAAAAUCCAGAAGAUUGGAUAACCAAGAGAUACCUAAUCAAGAUUCUGCUGUACAUGUGAAAAUGAUGCCAGAAUUCCAGAAAAGUUCAGUUCACAUCAAGAACCCUGCAAGAGUGGAAGAAAUUAUCUGUGGUCUUAUCAAAGGAGGAGCUGCCAAACUUCAGAUAAUAACAGACUUUGAUAUGACACUCAGUAGAUUUUCCUAUGAAGGGAAAAGAUGCCCAACAUGUCAUAAUGUCAUUGACAACUGUAAGCUGGUUACUGAUGAAUGUCGAAAAAAGUUACUGCAACUAAAGGAAAAAUAUUAUCCUAUUGAAAUUGAUCCUGUUCUUACCAUAGAAGAGAAGUACCCUUAUAUGGUAGAAUGGUAUACUAAAUCACAUGGUUUGCUUGUUGAACAAGCUUUACCGAAAGCUAAACUUAAAGAAAUUGUGGCAGAAUCUGAUGUUAUGCUCAAGGAAGGAUAUGAGAAUUUCUUUGAUAAGCUCCAACAAUACAGUAUCCCUGUGUUCAUAUUUUCUGCUGGAAUUGGUGAUGUUCUAGAGGAGGUUAUCCGUCAAGCUGGUGUUUAUCAUCCGAAUGUCAAAGUGGUAUCCAACUUCAUGGAUUUUGAUGACAAUGGGUUGCUCAAAGGAUUUAAAGGAGAACUAAUUCAUGUAUUUAACAAACAUGAUGGUGCCUUGAAGAAUACAGAAUAUUUCAAUCAACUAAAAGACAAUAGCAACAUAAUUCUGCUGGGAGACUCCCAAGGGGAUUUAAGAAUGGCAGAUGGAGUAGCCAAUGUUGAUCACAUUCUGAAAAUUGGAUAUCUAAAUGAUAGAGUGGAUGAGCUUUUAGAAAAGUACAUGGACUCUUAUGAUAUUGUUCUAGUAAAAGAUGAAUCAUUGGAGGUAGCCAACUCUAUCUUACAGAAGAUUCUGUGAACAAACGUUCUUCAAGAAGACCUCUCUCCUGUGGGUGCAGUUGGUGCAAGAACUGCUCAUGUGUUCAUCUUGCUGAAAGACUCUUAUUUAUAAUAUAUUAUUGCUCUUGAAGUUUUUCCUCUACAUUACUAAAGUAUUUUCAGACAUGUCGAAUCCAUCAACUGGAAGCUCCUUUCUCUCCACCUCUCUCAGUACAAUCCUCACUAUAUUUUUUAACAGAAUAAAAAAAAAUUCUUAAAGCCAAAAUUUGAAAAAUAACUCUCUACAUUUCCAGAGUAAAUUUUGUAAUUUAAUGUUAUCAUGAAGUUUUUGAGGAGUCUUUUUACACUGCGAAAGUUUGUAGAAGUUUAAAAAGAAGUUUUAUGAAAUGGUGAAAUAAAGUGCAUGAUUUUACGUCUUGCCAUUUUUGUAAUUUGGGUGAAUUAUGCUGAUGAUAUCACCAUCUCCUGAAAUUGUGAUGUUUGGUGAAAAUCCAUAUUUAUCAAAAAAUACUGGCACUUGGUGUUUGAAAAAACUGUUGGUAUCCACAUGUCAAUAAUCAUUACAAAAUGUUCUAUAUUGAAGCACUAAUAAUAAACAUGAAAUGAAAAGCCUUUUUAAUUCUA